AUGAUCUUUGUCCUCAGCAAUGCUUAUGAAGGUGUCAUCACAUCCUUCAUGAUCCAGCCGAUGCAUGAAAACCGACUUGAAACUAUGGAGCAGGUGUUGGCUUCUAAAUACAAAAUUAUGACAGAUGAUGCAUUUAAGUAUGUCAUUAGGAACUACGAAGAGUUUCAAACUCGUGAAUUGGAGGAACGAGUAUUUCAUAAUAAAAGUGAACAAGUCACAUUAAUCUCACAACUGAAUCAUGUGAUCAUACGAGAAUGUGGAUCAGCAGAACUUAGCUUAUUUUCUCAUCUACAAAAUGGACGAACAACUGCUGAAUACUUUUACAUGAUCCCGGAAUCUAUAGCACCAAAAUUUGUCUUUUUGGAAGCAAGCUAUUCAAAUCCGUUCAUUGAAAGGAUGCAAUAUUACAUGGAUUUAUGCUUUCAAGCUGGGCUUAUUCAAAUUUGGAAUGUUUUUGUUAAGCAAGAUCGUCAUAAGGCAUCUCAAGAUGCGGCAUUCAAUGAAGUCGAGUAUUUAAAGUUGAAGGAUCUUUCACAAGUUUUUGGAAUUCUUUUUAUUGGCUAUGGAUUGUCAUGCAUUGUACUGCUUAUUGAGAUUUUCUUUCAUGAUUGCUUUAUGAGAUUAAAGCUUCGUUAUCUUGCUAGUAAGUUGAACAAUCAAGUCAAUCAGAUGGCAUACAAGAAGAAGCAAAAAGAUCCAACAUAUCAGAGAGGUGCUCUAUACUACAUCAUUCAUAGACACCAGAAAGUCAAACGAUUAAGACCAAAGAAAUUGAAAGUUCGACAGAUUUUUGUUCAGCCUAAGAAUCAAAAUGAAUAA